AUGACCCAGAGCAACCCCGGGGCAACCCAUGCCAAAGACCAGAGCAUGCAAGCGCUCAAGGGACGCGUGAUUGUGGACGCAACUACCAUUACUGACAUCCACGCUGCGUUCAGCGCCAUUGACGACAGCGACGCCGAGCUACGGGACGUGGAGCGCGCGCAGGCCAACGCCGCCGCUGCGCCAAAGAACAUCAAGCUCAACAUCGGCGGCCGCAUUUUCGAGACGAGCAAAAACAACGUGAUCCAGCACCCGACCUCGUUCUUGUACGCGAUGGUCACGAGCGACGAUUGGCAGCCUCGUGCGCAGGACGGUGCAUGCUUUAUCGACGCCAACUUCAAGCACUUUGACCGUGUCAUGACGUACCUCCGGUCGGGCAACAUGUACCUUGACGGUCUCUGCGCGUCCGAGGUUAGCCAGCUCAAUUUCACGCUGCGUACGCUGCUCAUGGAGCAUCUCGAGAUUCAGCAAAUGGAAGAGCGGCGCAAGCAGGCGAUCCAAGAGAUUUCAGACGCCUACACCAAGCUCGCCGCAGCGAUCAAGGUCGACAAAACCAAGCUGCAAGCGGCGCGGAGCCAUCGCCAAUCGUUCCAGGCGGCGGACGCUGCUCGGGCAGCCUAUACCUUGCUCUCCCAAAGCCACUGGCGUCCCCGUGAAGACGGCGCAUAUUUCAUCGACCAAGAUCCAACGUACUUUGAGUACGCGCUCGAUGCGUUGCAAGGAACACUCAACACGAGUGGUCUCUCGCCCACCGCUAUUCAUCAAGUCUAUCAACUUUUCAACUACCUACAGAUGCAGACGUAUUAG